GUUUUAUUUGUUUUGCCUUGUGAAAAGAAAGGUUCUUUCUUUAAUAGUGAUAACAAUGAAAAAAAGUGGGUUUAUACUUGCAUUUGUUUUGAUGUGGAGGUAUUUGGUUUGCAGAACCAAUGGAGGUAAGAGUAGCUAAUGGUACUACUUGUAGCUUUUUACACUAAAGUUUAUUUCACGUAGUUUUUCAUUCUUCAUCCCUAUGAUCAAUUACAAUAGUAGUAAGAAAACGAUAAACGUGUACUGGCUACUUUUUUUUCACUUCCUCUCUUUGCUUGAUACCACUGGAGUGAAGCUUUACUAAAGGUACAUUGUACGUAGGACCUUGUGAGAUGUUGUUGUCAAGGGCGGUCUACAAUGUAGCUGAAAGCUAAGCCGACAACUUGGUUAUCUUGUACACUUUAACUUGUCUUGCGACGAUGGAAAAACAUUAUCGCGAGAAAAUUACAUAAAUUAGUGCAACUUGACUGUAACUUUGAAAUGAUGUUUUUAUUGUAGUUGUUUCUACCUAUUUUUUAAUUGAUUAUACUGACCAGGGAUGUUACUAAGAUUUCAAGUUGCUAGGUAACUACAACAAAUAGGCAGGGGAUAAAACAGCUAGGGAUUUCUUUUGGUUCUAUUUUUCUUCUAUUUUCCGAUGAAAGUAGCCAAGGAGCAUAGUAGCCAGUGGAAAUCCUCUGCCCCCACCUCUUAAUGCAUAUACGCCAACUCUCCCAGGUUAUCCUGGAGUCUCCCGGAUACAGCACUGAUCUCCUGCUCUCCCAUAUGGGUCCCCAAAUCUCCUGCAUAAAAUGGUCUUUCGAGCUUUUCUGUGCUUUAAUUUGAAAUUUAGCCUAUUUUUUUCUCAAAAUUCCAAUUUUUUUUAAUUCUUUGUACGGUUUCUGGGACAUUUGCACAUAUUAAGACACUGACAAAGAUUAUUUCAUCAUUAUAAUUAUGAAAGCAAAUUUUGAGAGCACCUACUUCAUGUAAGACUUCAUAUUAUAAUGUCCUAAGCCAUGGUGGCUGGGUCAAUUUGUGGGCAGGUUGUGUGGUGGGGGGUGGUGAAGCUGUUGACAUUUGGGUGGGAGAGGGGAGGGGGGUGUUAGUGCAAAAUAAAGAGUCUACAGAUUUUAGAUCUCCACAGGUUGGUAUCUCUGUUAAUAAUAGUCCUGACGUGACUACCUUGAUUCUUGAUAAAAUUUUGUUUUAAUUCAGCGGUGGUGAAUAUCAACUUAGCUGGAUUCCAGGAUGGUGUACUUAAUGUGCCCCAAAACAAUGAGUUUGGAGAAAUACAAGUAGACUUAACAGAGGCAGUGACAUCAGUACAGGUUAGCUUAUAAUGUUGAGUAAAAUUCUUUCACUCGUUGGGGAAGAGGAAGGUACCUUUUUGCCUGGAUACUUAACAAUGUUAUUAUUGGAUGAGGCUGAGUAUGAAACCAAGAAUUUAGUAGAUUGAGGAGAGUGUUAUCCGCCUAGGCCAAAGGCAGAUAGCACCCUCCAGGACUUUGCCUAUGUAGUGAUAAAAAUUUAUCAAGUGUAAACAAGGUUAAUUCAUUGCCCCAUGUAUUUCCUACUUAACAACCAGGCCACAGUUGUUUGCAGCUCUUUGGAAACAGGUCCUGGCAUAACAGCUGUAGAGUUUACGAAUGUCUCAGCUCCAGUUGGUACAACACAAGUGGAUGUUUCAUUUAGGUAUGAAAUUUUUGUCCACUCCUUAAUGUGGACAGAAAACCAUAUACAUAUAUGAUUUUAUUUCAACAAUACUGGUAUAUUGGGAAGUUUGUGCUAAAUACAGUGACAUGGACACAUACACUCAUACCUUGUAUGAGACAGAUGCUCUUACAUGUACGAGCUGUUUUUUAAAAGUUUGGUUCUUGCCACCAUGAUGUGGUAAUAUUGAUAUAAAAAAGUAGUUUUCCCUGUGUAAUUUGUAAGUUCAUUAGUCUUACUUGCCAAGCUUUGGUUGACAGUUGGCCAUAAAUAAUUUUGUUUGAAAUAAAAUGUAAUUCAGGAUUGUACCAUUUAUCUUCCAAUGUCAAAAAACUGAUUUAAAAAUACCGCACACUAUCUAAGACAGACACCUAUGAAACUGGCAAUUUGUGUCCAUCUGAGCGAGAUGUCCUUCUCACAAAUUGUCAAUAAAAAGAGUAUAGAAAGACAUGGACCAACUCUAGAUGUCCAUUUUAGCAAGGUGUCUACCUUAUAAAGAUUCAACUAAAAGGUCUAAACAAAGUAAAGAUUUAGGCUGGGACCAUCUCCAGGUGUCUGUUUUAGGAAGGGGUGUAUUUAAAAAGUGUCAACGAAAAGGAGUAAAAAGAGGUAGGGACCCACUCUAGGUGUUUGGUUAAGCAAUUUGUCCAUCUUACAGAGGUGUGCCUUUAGAAAGAGUUGGCUGUAAUAGCUACUAAUCAUGUUCAGGACAAAUUUCUAAAGUUAAGAUGGUAGCUCACUUAUUGCUUGGUACAUUACUGUAUGUACAGGCUGCUUUGCAUUAAUUAACCCCCUUCAUCCUCCUCUUCUUUAUUUUUUUAUUUUAUUUAUUUAUUUAUAGUCACUCACAAAACCUUACACAACAUGAACAAAAGGUGUUAAUUAAAUUAUAAAACUAAUGUGACAAGGAAGCCUAACGAAGCUUGAAGCUUAUAUUAAUAGGUUUCCUUCAACUACCUAGUGAACUAAGUUCAUGGCUGAGUGCAGAGUGAGCAAGAUCAGAAAAUUAAACGACAGAUCGGCUAUCAGUGAGAUAAUUCUUUAAAUUUCUUUUAAAAACAGAUAUAGAAGGAGAGCUAAUUAGUGAAACAGGCAACGAAUUCCAGAUUUUAGGUCCUCGGUAAAGGAUACUGAAUUGCUUUAUAUUUGUUCUACAAAAAUGAGGUCUAUAUUGAGAGGCUAGUCGAGUUUCGUAUUGAUGGACUUGAUUACUACUUAAGAACAAGUCAUGAAAGCUAUUAGGCAAAAGAUUAUGGUGAUAAGAAUACAUAAAGGUAGCGACAGAAAAUGAAUUAAUACUAAAUAUGUCAAGGACUUUAAGCUGGCUAAAUAAAGGGGCGGUAUUUGCUAGAUAGUGAGCUUUUGUUAUGAGUCGCACUAGACGCUUUUGCAAAAGGUAAAUACAGUUUAGGUUGGAACAGUAGGUGGAGGACCAGGCGACAUUACAGUAUGUUAAGAAGGGAUAUACAAGGGAGUAAUACAAGGUCAUCAAAGUUUGGGAUGAUAGGUAAAAGCGGGCUUUCGCAAUAAUUCCCACACUUUUCGAAAUUUUUUUUGAGACGAAAUCAAUAUGUGGUUUCCAAGAGAGAUGCUGAUCAAUGAGAACACCUAAAAAUUUUGUCUCCGUGACUUGCUUGAUCACGGUAUUUUCCAGAGUAAGAGGGACAUUAACAUUGACUUUCUUUUGCCUUGGAUGAAAAAUCAUAAAAUUUGUUUUAGUCAGAUUUAGAGAUAACUUAUUCACUUUAAGCCAAAUAAUUAUUUUUGCAAGUUCAUUGUUAACAAUAGAAACGAGGUGAUUGGCAUCUUUAUGGGAACAAAAGAUACUUGUGUCAUCAGCAAACAGUAAAGAUUGAGUGAGACUAGAGACAUUAGGAAGAUCAUUAAUGUAAAUAAUAAACAAAAGAGGUCCAAGAAUUGAGCCCUGCGGGACGCCACAUAAAAUUUUCCGCGGAGAAGAUCGAUGGGACCCAAACUGGACAAAUUGAGUCCGAUCGUCAAGAUAGCUUUUGAUCCACGCCAAAGCAGUAUCCCGAAUACCAUAGUGUUGCAGUUUAUGACACAAUAUUUCAUGAUUAAUUGUAUCAAACGCCUUAGAAAGAUCUAAGAAGAUGCCUAAAGUUGUUUCAUUUCUGUCGAUAGCUGAAGAUAUGUUGUUGAUCAAGUCAAUUAACGCUAAUGCAGUCGAAUGAUUAUUACGGAAUCCAAAUUGUUUCGAGUAUAAAAUAUUAUGCAAAUUUAAGAAAUUAAUCAGUCGGUUGUACAUGACUUUUUCAAAGAGUUUAGAAAAGGCUGGAAGAAUUGAUAUUGGCCUGUAAUUACUAAAAAGUGUUGGGUCAUCUGCCUUAAAAACUGGAAUCACUUUGGCUAUUUUGAGAGAUUCAGGAAACACACCAGUAGACAACGAAGUGUUUAUAAUGGUUACAAGAGGCUGCGCAAUAUUUUGGAAAGACUGAUGAACUAUCUUCAUGGAUAUAUUAUCAUGUCCAGGAGCUUUGUUGGCGUUGAACGAUUUAACAAUGUUGUUUAAUUCACCGACUGUUAGUGGUUGCAAUGAAAUGGAUUCGGAAAGAGCGCUGCUUAAGAAAUUCUUGGGUGACGAAUUUGUGGAAGGAAUUUUGCUCGCCAAAUUUGGCCCUAUAUUGGUGAAGUAAUCACAGAAUUUAUUGGCAAUGUCAGUAGGAUUGCUAAUUUCCAUUUCAUUUUUGGUGAAGCUUGCAGGAUACGGCGAUUUAGCGACACGCCUGUUGAUCACUUCAUUAAGAAUUUUCCAUGUUUGCUUUAAGUUUGAUCUAGCCUUAUCCAAUUUGUUGUCAUAAUAAUUUUUCCUGGCGAUACGAACAAGACAAGUUAGCUUAUUUCUAAAUGACUUAUAGCUGGAUUCACGCUCAUGACUUGGUUUCCUUAACAACAAUUUAUACAGCCUAGACUUUGUUUUAAUUGAUUUCAAGAUUCCAGUUGUAAGCCACGGAUUAUGCAGAGUUUUUAGGUUUUUCCCUUGACAAAACUUUAUCGGAAAACUCUUGUUAUAAAAUUCAGUAUAUUUUUGUAGGAACCCAUUGUAAGCGGCGUUAGCAUCAGCAUAAAUUAGAGAAUUCCAAUCGAAUUCACACAAAAGGUUGUUAAAUGCAUUAAUAUUCUGACUAGAGAAGUUGCGAAUGGCAACACUUUCCUUAGGCUUAAUUGUUGAAGAAUGAGCAUCAGUGUAACAGAGUGUGAAGAUUGGUAAAUGGUCGGACAGAUCAUUAAUAAUGAGUCCAUUGUCACACAAGGCAGAAAUAUUGUUAGUAAAAAUAUUAUCAAUCAGGGUGGCGCUGUACGAAGUAAGUCGAGUUGGUCUCGAAAUUAGCGGGUAAAGAAAAUGAGAAAAUAACGCAUUAAUAAACUCAUUCGUAGCUGAAUGCAAAUCAGUGUUAAGAAGGUCUAAAUUGAAAUCACCCAUUAUGUAACACAUUUUAUUGUCCCUGGUUACCCGAUGAAGCAAUUGGUGAAAAGAUUCCAGGAAUUCAUGCAAAUUAGCAGAAGGAGGACGAUAAACUGUACCGAUAAUAAAGUUUUUUCCAUGCGGAUUUUCGAUUUCAACAAAAACAGAGUCAAAUAAGGCGGAGUUUGACGAGCACAAAUCAGACAUAAUGUUAAAGUUGAAAGUGUCGCGUAAAUAAAGGCCUGCGCCUCCACCAAUCCUGCCCACUCUAUUCGAUGAGAUGAAACGAUAGCCAGUAAUGUUUACAUAAUCUUCGUUAAUAUCAUUUAGCCAAGUUUCUGAGAUACCUAUAGCUGAAAACUCAUGUUGCGAAGAAUCUAAGAGUUGGGUAAAUUUGUCAAAAUUUUUAAGUAAGCUACGAGCGUUUAAAUGCAAAAGCGAAAAGUUGAUAGCAUCCUUCUUAUUACCAAUUAGGUCAUUUAGUUCUUGUUCGUUAUAGUAACUACAUUUAGAGGUAAGAUUUAGAAAAUUACUAUCUGGAUCAAUGUCACUGGAUAUUACAGUAUCGCAAUUACUUAUCGGGUUAAAGUAUAGGCAUUCUAAUCGAUCAUUAUUAAAACGCACUGGGCCGUGAGCUAACUCAUAAAGGGCAAGAUUAAAAGACACAUCGUCGAGAUGAUUAAAAGGAAAUUCGCUCAUAUUAGCAAAGAAUUAAAUAAGGAGUCAACUUAUCUGAGUUAAACUAGAUCGAGGGUCUGUCUUUGAUUAUCAAUUUAUCCAACACAAAGUAGGCAAUCUUUCCGGCUUGCUUUGCUUGUUUUAGUUUCGGCAGUUGAUCUUUACGCCUUUGAAGAGUUUCAGCCGCAAGAUCUUCAUUAACAAACAUUCCGUCUGGCCUUACAAUCCUCGCGGCCUUUAAUAUUGGAUCCUUUUGCUUCCAGCUUACCAGGCGACAAAUAACUGUACGAGGACGCGUAGAUGAAGCGUUGUCGUCAGAGCGCCGAUUAACUUUACCAGUACGAUGAGCUCGCUCGAUUUCCACCUUGAAAGGAAGAUUGAGUUUGGAUUCUAGCGCGACUUUAGCUUCAUGGCUAAAGUGACUUCCUUCCCUGGGAUGCUCUUUGCUUUUUUGAAAAAGUAACUUGACAUAAUUUAUUUUGUACUUUUUAUACAUACAGGAUCAUAUCCCCAGGUAGACCUGUUACAAUCCAGUGUUCAGCCCAGAGUGAAGGAAGCAAUCCCCAGUUUACAUUACCAGGAUCUAAAGGAAACAAUGGGUGAUUAACUCACUAAAUAUAGUUUCCUAAAAUAUGUCCUUAACCCUUUAACCCCUGUCAAUAUCAAAGUCAGAAUUCUCAUUUGGUGCCCCUGUAUGUUUCUACUGAAGAAGUGGAGAGAAGUUGUUGAAGUAUUAACUCAUUAUGUUUGUUGUGAUCAUGUCCUUAACUCCUUUCACCAUUCCAUUUAAAAAGGGUUGAUUUUACAACAGAGAAAUUUGAUGCUGAUCACUCUUAGAGCUUGAAGGGUUAAUACAUGCAGGGUUGAGAUCACCUUUACCUGCAGCCAUGUUAAAAUCUAUCAGAGAGCGUAAUUAUGAUGUGACUUUGAUAUUCAUGUACAUGAUGUAAUGAGCCUCACCAUGGCUGCAUUAGUUGAAUUUUUGUAGGUGUUACAGGUCAAAUUUGAUUUCAGGUCAAAAUUUUUUUGACUCUCAAUUUCCUUUGUUCACUCUGGCUAGAAGAAAAUGAAACUUGAGAAUCAAACUAGGUUAAAAUCAAGAUAUAACCUGAAAUCAAAUUUGAUGUGUAACAUAAGCACUUCGAUAUGCAAUUGUGUCACUCACUCACAACAUAGACCUAUACACUGUAGUUAGUCAUGAUUAAUCAGCCGCAAGGGAGAGGGUCUGGUUAUAAAACUCUGUAGUAGAUCGAUCAAAAUAAUGCUCAUCAAAACUUUUCAUCACGUUUUUUUGUUGUGACUGGAGACAAAAUCAUGAGGUAAAAUGGAAUUUUUGAAACACACUUAGCAUGUUCACUGUAACAUGAUAUUUGAAGAGUGGUCGUGUCAAGAACCGUAAUAACUUUUGCUCAUGGAUACACUAAGACUGUUUUACUUUAAAGCAUUAAAGUUCACAGUCUUAAUGACAGGUGAAAUUACACGUGUUUUUUAGCAGUCCAUGAGUUCCCCCAAAAUAAAUGCCUGUCUUAUGCAGUAACCUUAUCCUGCAAUGUCAGUCAGGAUUAUUUUAAGUGGAAGUACAUGUUAGAGUCAAGACUUGACUAUCCACCUCUCAUUUCUGUUGCAUCUUACUUAUUUGCUAUCAAUGGAUUUGAUUAUUGGUAAUAAUGCAUUUUAUUUAGCAGCUCACUUCACCCUGUUAUAUGUACAUGUAUCUCAAGAUGUGAAGUACAUGUACUUUUAAGAGGGCUUUUAUGACAUUUAAAUUACUUUUACUAUCUGUACAUGAUGAGCUUUUAUAGGUUUAUGAACUCUGCUUACAAUGUUUAUUAUUUUUAAAGUAUGACUUUUCUCUAAGUGUUUAGUACUAAUUCUUUCUCAGGUCCUUGCGUGUCAUUAAAGCACCAACAGUUCACAUUUGUCCUGAUGUCAUCUUAGUUCACAAGUAUUUACUCAAGUCAACUGUUGAAGUGCAGUUCAGGUACUGUUGUUUAUAAAUAUAAGCUACUUGAUUUAUUUUUGAUAAAAGUUAAGGUUAAAGGUUUUCUUAUUGUGAAAUGGCACUUAGCUUUAAUAUCAAGCUAUAGCUUACAGGCGCUCCACUCAAAUACUUAGAAACAAGUAAUUCAAAUAUAUAAACACAACAGGAUUAAAAACCCCAACUGGCAGGAGGAAACCAGUUUGCUAUAUACAAGCAUGGCUGAGGAUUUGAACUCAAGACGGCAGAGAACAAACCCCACAAGUGACCAGAGUUGGACUCGAAUCUGGGACCACUGGAUUGCGAGUCCGCUUUGCUGACCACUCAGCCACACAGGCUCCAUUUUAAACCAAAAACUUAACAUGGUAUUUUAUGAAGGUUUAUCACAAUUUGUUAUUAUUUUCUUUUCUAAAGAAAUGUUUAAUAAUAUUUUGAUUUAAGGAAAAUAACUUCUCAGGUUUUAGUCAAGCCAGGUCAUUAGUAUACAGUGUACCCCCAAGAUUCCAUGAAUGAAUUUAUUAUUCAAAAGUUGAAUCCAUUGGUAGUUGAAGAUCUUAGAUUCAUCUCUGCAUUCCUACAUGCAUAAUAAGUCAUGAAUUCACAUGCGAGGUAGUCAUGAAAUUUCUACCAACUCAGUUUUCAUGACUAAUUGAUGUAAAUGUCUUCAAAGUAAUUUUGUCCAUUCAAAGACUAUUCAAUCUCACUGACCACAGAGAAGUUAUGGUAAAAACAUUCACUGCUCAUAAUGCAUGCAGAAGUGCAAAUUUGAAUUUGAAACUGGUUUCGACAACAACUAAUGGAUUCAUUUUUCAAAUAAUUCAUUAAUGGAAUAUUGAGGAAGGGGGGGGGGGGGGGAUUUUUUAUCCUGGGUUUUUGUUUUAUUAAAAACGUUACUAAACUAUUUUUUUCCUAUAUUUUUUUUUUGUUGUGUUUUUCCACCAUUUUUAUGUUUUCCAGGCAAUGUAUUUGCCCUUAUUUUUUUUUUGUGUUUUUUCGCUCACAAUUUCUUUAUAUAUAUUUUAUUAGAAUAAUUUUAGAUGGUGAUAAAAAAUGAUCACUGCUAAACGAACGGGUCAGAUAAACAUUAUAGAUUAGAAGGGCAAAUAUACACAUAGUAUGCGAUUACUUGUUCAAUAACUACGAGUAAGAUAUUGGGGGACGGGGGGGGGGGGAGGGAAUUGCAUGACCUGGCUUGACUGUACUGUAAACCAGUACUCAACCUAGUUUGUUCCGAUAUUUUCUUUGUUGUGUUUUCUAGCCCUAAUUAUAUGGUGAAGGCAAGGGAAAUUCCGCUAUAAUCUUCUAUUGGAAUUUACCUGCCACAUGUGUCAUUCAAUUAACAUUAACUUAAAUUAUUUUUAUUUGUUGCACAGUGAAAUGAUACAACAGUUUGUGGUCAAAGUGAAAUGUUCUGUAGUUGAACCAGAGCCUGGUUAGUCCAUCGUAUCAUUUAAUAAAAUUUUAUAAUGACAAAAUCUUUACUUAGACCCUCUGCAUAAUUAUGUGAACAAUGUAAAAGUAUCAUAAUUGCAGAUUAGUUCUCAUUUAGUUCAGGAUGGUGUGUAUAAUAUAUGCAGCAUGUUAUCUGAUAUGUUGAUGGUCAUGGAGUUGUGGUUGCUGCAGACCAUUGACCAAUAACUGACAGAUACUGGGCUAACACCCUGGAUGAUACAUGUAUCUGGACAGAUUUUAAGCAAGGAAAGAAGGUCAAUGUCUCACUCAAGGGAAUAGAUCAUCGUCAGUCCAAUACUGUAUGCUUUUGUACAGUAACCCAUGGGCUCCUGAUUGGGCCAUUUAAGCUGUGACUCUGCCAUUACUUGUCUCUCAGUCCUUUGUAAACACUAGGUUACUGUGUAAUUCACAUGCUUGGCCUAAGAUGGAUCGUUCUUAGUUUCCCACAUUCCCAGUUGAGUGCUGAAUGUCAGAAAAAAAAACGAACAAAGAGGAGAACUAGCCAAAUUAACAUUUUAUAACUACCAGUAGUCAUAGUCCUAGUACACCAAUAUUAAUAGGGCAGAUCGACUUCACAGACCUAAGCUUCUCUCUUAAAGAAAAAGGUACAGUUUCUGUUUUGCUUUACUCACUAAGACUUAAUGUCACACUUAAAAAAGUUAUCUUGUACACAUGUGAUUUUGAUACUUUUUUUAUGAUUCUGUAUAUCUAGGUGGUCCAGCAGUGUUGCAGUUAAGAUUUACAGAAACUAUUGUGAAUCCUGACGUCAUUAGAGCCCAGGUACCACAUGUUUUAUGGUGGCUCGCAAUGAUUGCUGCAUUUUGUAGCAAUUCCCUGAUAUGUGGAUAAAUACUUCCCCUCUUUUAACCGCAGCAGGAUUCAGUGCUCAGUCGGUAAAGUGCUGGACUGCGAAGCAGGAGGUCAUGGGUUCGAUUCCCAGGGCUGCACCACUACCCAGGGUCUUAAAAUAAUUGAGACAUUAUGUUGCUGCUUUUGUGCAGCAAAUGGCUAGACCUUCGUUUGGCUCUGAUAGCCACGUAAAAUGGUGGUCCUGUCUCCGGAAGGAGACAAAAAAAAUAGUGCGCCCAAUUAGUACUUUUGUGCUGAAUACAUUGACACUCAAUUAUGAAGGUGCAUCUUUUUUUCCAAAUGACGUGACAACAACUGCAUCAAACAAAUGCCCAGUCACUAGUAGACAUGACACCGUCACAUUCUUGGUGCACAAAAUUCCCAUGGCAGUGGUAAACUUAAAAAUGCUGCUAACUCAAAAUCGAAAAUGGGUUUGCUAAGGAUGUCUAUGACAGACUGUUCCUGUUCUGGCAACCUAAAAAAUGUUAACAAAUUUUACAUGAUAUUUGUUUACUAAUAAAGGCAUGGAAUCCUGAUGCAAUGAGGCACCUGGAGACCGGGGAAAUGUGUUCCUUGGUGUGUUAUUUCAAGGUGCUCUUCCUUACAUUUUACCGUAGCUGGAGCAAAGAAAAUCAUUGUGUACCGGGAAUUCGUUUUAUUUUCUAGGGUUUCAUUUUAUCAAGGUUCUACCUUAACGGUGUAAUUUUGAAACAUAUCAUUAAUUUACCAUGAAAGUGAGAGCACUAAAAGAUGCUCAAAAGGGAGAUGUUAAUACUUGAGGAAAUAAGAUCUUUGGUUUUGUAUCUCAAAAAUUAAAUUUUCCUUUCUUUCCUGUCUGAUUCAAGUAACCAAACAACUGGCUUUUUCCUUCAACUGUUGUAGGUUUCGUAUGAGAUUGUUGCACUUGGUGCUCCUGUGCAAGUGGUCUGUAGCGCACAGUCGACUAACCUUACUCAGAAGCCUCCAGAUCCAACACCCUCAACUCAUCAGCUAUCAAGCAGUGUGAAUCAGACAGUACUAUUAAGCAGUGUGAAUCAGACAUCUGUAUCAGCCAGUUUGCCUGUCUCAAGUGUAAAUGCAUCUGCAUCAGUUAUUGGAGGUAGUUCGAAGAGGAGGCGGAGAAGAAGCAUCCUUUCUAGUAACAGGACAGUACAUCAGUAUCAGUUUAGCACUUCAGCAGGUAAUGCAAGUAACUCAAACUGAAUCCUGUCACGUUGCCACCAGACCAUCUCGCCACCAACCAAGUCGCUAGCAAGAGGUCGAUUCGCUGCCAACCAACUUGCCACCAAGACUAAUAACUCUAAAUACCCAGGAUUAUACCGUAAAUCCUCUAUUAAGCCCCCCGGGGAGCUUAUUUAUUUCAAGCCCAUUUGAGGGGGGGCUUAAUAGAGACGGGGGCCUUUUUGAGAGGGGGGGCUUUUUUAGUUUAGAAAUGACAAUUAUGGUAUCAGUUCUCCAUAAAGAACUAGAAUACGAAGUGGAAAAGCUCAAGUACAAGAAGUUUUAGGUCAUACAGCCGAGGAUCAGAAUCAAAUGCGAUCUUCCAGUUGGUGAAUAAACCAUCCUGGAUCAGUCCGCACGAAGUUUUAUAGUCGUGGUUGAUUAAUACAGGCUAUCAAUUAUUAGUGAAGAAUAAAUUGGGGGGGGGGGGGGGGGGCUUAAUAGAGGAUUUACUGUAAGACAGUACGGACCGGUUUCCAUUUAAUAACAUGUUUAGUUCUUUCUUAAGUUAAGUUGGUCCUAAUUGAAACAUGCGCCGAACUUCCCAUGUUCUUACUGACAUAAUUUAAUACUGACAUGGUAGAUGUGCGGGGCGGAUGUGCUUAACGGAGAUAUAAAAAUAUUAAAUGGAAACCGAUUAUAUGGAUUUCCCGUUAUAGCAGCUUAAGUCCUGGGUAAGUGGGUCAGUUAUAGGGGUAUUAGUCGUGGUGGCGAGUUGGUUGAAAGCGAGUCCACUUCUUGUGGCGAUUUCGUCGGUGGCGAGAUGGGGGCGAGAUGACCGUAAAUCAUAUCAUUAGUCACCGAGGUGACACCCAGAAGGGUACUUAAGGCAACUUUUGCUGGGUAAUGCUACUACUUUGUGGCCUUAUAAUGUUCCAACUCCAUUAUAGUCAGUGGAGAGUUUGCUCGCAGGUUAUAGCCUUUACUACCUCGUUCCCCUGGUCCCACGGACCCCUUGGAGCGAGAGAGAGGAAGACAAGGAGAGAACCCUGGGAACGAAGUUGCAGCCAAUAAAAUUGUAGACCACAUCUAAGUCAGAUUUUUACAGAUUGUUUAUCUCAGCUUUGUUUUCAAAAUGUGCGACGCCAGCCUUAGUCAAAGAUGUAUUUUUUCUUUUUUGCCACAGGGCCUCCUGUAACGUUCGCUCUGGACGUGUCUCCUCUACGGAUUAUGCCACGAGCUGGCUUUAUCCGGGCACCUAACGGCAGUUUCAGCGCAGUCCUGGCACUAGACCAACCAGCUGACAACACCGUGGACAUCACGUGUUCUCUAGACAAGGUGUCGCCUGGGGCCGACUUAAGCAAUACUUCAGGGCUGUGUUCCAAUACGCCAACAGAUAAAUUGACAUUUGCAAACAGCACUGUGGAGAUAAAACUCGACCCUGUUACAAUUGAGUUCCAGGUCAGAUUUACUGUAGAGAUUUGAAAAAUUAAAUCUUUGUUUACUAUUAUACUUUGUUAACUUCGAAUUUUAACAGGACGAAGCGCAAUUAGUUUUCGUCUUUUAAACUAUACUAACAAAGUAGUUACGAAAGAGAAAGAAAAUUCUUUUUUGUGUGUUUACAUACGUCCUCCACAAGACAUCUCAUAAGGCGGUAUUUUUACGUCUUCGUUGUGCAGUGAGCAAAAUUAUGUGAUGCAUGAGCCAAAUUGUUAUUUGUCCAUUACAUUUACGGUAUUGCGGCUUUGCUCGUGUUUGCUAGAACCAACUAAUUUUGUAAGGUGGUGGUGGACCUGUCAGCAUAGCCUACAUGCAGCUCCAUCCUCCCCCUGAAAAAAGAAAAAUGGUGAGAGUUUCCCAUUGUCGUUUUGCUUAUUCGGAUGCACCUUAGCGGGAGGGGAGGGGGCACGGAGGCUGAGUGCGGUUACUUGUAGGCUUUAUUUCGUAGAAGUGACAGAACACGUGGGCAUCGCCACUUUUAAUGACUACAGUAUGGGUGAUAUUUCCUUCAGCACCCUGCUCACCGCCUAGAAAAAAAAUUGGCCAAAUUUUUUUUCUAAUCAACGGAAGAGAACGCUAGUAAAUAUCUGUAGUUUAAAGAUCUUCCAAAACAAUAACAGGACCCAGUGGUUCCGAGUAGAGAGUGUUAUAUAGUGAAUGAAUAUAUUUCAAAUCCACUGGAUAACACUUUGACCUUGCCACGUGGAUGGUGUUUUAUCACAGGCAUCCCAAGCUCACGUUACGAGGGUGGAAUGUAAUUUCUGUUGACGCGAGCGAACUGGUUUCGCGUCGCAAGCGAUCGUUGACACAUUGUAUGAGAAUAAAAUACUGAGAUCUGCGAAAUACUGCAAAGAUAAAUCUUCUUUGUGUAGUUUAUUGAUUAAAAGGUAAAAUACAACGAUAUUUAUUGUUCGCAGACCUCAGUAUUUUAUUUCUCAUCAAGAGCCAUUAUGGCUCUUGUUCUCAUACAAUGUCUCAACGAUCGCUUGUAACGCGAAACCAACACGCUCGCGUCAACAGAAAUUUCACUCCACCCUCGUAAUGCGAGCUUAGGAUGCCUGUGGUUUUAUUCAUUUACAGUAGAACCUCGAUAACUCGUACUCGGAUAACUCGAAUUCCCCGCUAACUCGAACUAAAUUUCCUUUCCCUUGAUCAAAAUUUCACUGAAAUUUACCCCGCUAACUCGAACUGCUUUUCGUUGCCCUUCAGAGUUGGAGUUACCGGGAUUCUACUGUAUAACCAUUUUUGUUAGCAACUGUGGCUUGGAGAAUCUCUCUCGUGAUAAAUUUAGGAUGUUGCAAUUGUUGUUUUCUAACUUAUGCUUAUCGUGACGAACUUCCUUUAGACUAAUGAGUUGUUUAAGAACAUAAAGCUGACGUUGAGUGGAAGCCCUGCUUGGCGCACAGAGGACGUGGUGCGAGUCACUUGUUGUGGUCGGGAUACAAGUUUGAGUCUUCGGUACGUCAACGAGACAGCGGUAGCUUUCAUCUGGGUUGAAGUUCGAAAGUUACAACCAGUGGACUGGAACAGUAUCACAAGUAAGAAUAGGAGCGUCGCGAACAAAGAAAGAAAACUGUUUUUAGCUUUAUUGGCAAACUCGGCUCAACUAUUUUAACGUGAAUCUGGAACUUGUUAAUAGAUGAACAGACGGUUUGCAGUUUUGUGUUUUAGACAGCUUACAUCUGAAAAUGUUUUCCCUAAAGUGCGUUGUGCAUUAUUUUUUGUUAAUUCUCUAAACGGAGAAAGAGAACUAAAUAGCCAAACGUAGCAUAAAAGGAAACAUUACAUCAUUUAGACAGAACAAUAAUUUAGAAUAAGCACCAGAGUAAACUCAUUAUUGCCUUGGUGUACUCUGAAUAAUUUUGAAAAUAAUCGUGUUUUUGUGCCUAGGUGGUCAAAGGAAGGCUACACUUGUGUCUGAUAUAGAUUUGUCGUGUCCCUGCGACUUAAAGGAGAACUCCUGUGAUACAGGCUGUUGUUGUGAUCAGGUAUAAGUGCUUCACACUGUCCUCUAGAAUAACAAAUACCUACAUUAAGAAAUAACAGGGAAAGACAAACAGGACUACUGCUAAAGGGUGACCGCGGCCGCUUAAUGGAGGUGGCAGUUCUAAUACCGUUUAGUAAAAUCCAACUGGUGGUCUAUUAUCAAUGUUGCAUUCUGAUUGGUUGGGCUACUAUUAGGCUAUAUGUUAUAGCCCACUAGUAGUAAAAAGCGCCAGCUUUUAAAACCAAAACAGUGGCGGCUGAAUUGUGUUGUGCUAGCUAAAGUUGUUUUCUCUCAAUAUGUUUGACCAACUAGUUGGAUUUUACUAAAACAAUUAUUCCUCUCGCCCUGAUGGCCUCUGAGUCAAUAGCCCAUCGGCCUCAUGGGCUAUUGAUUCAGAGCCCAUUCGGGCUCGAUGAAUAAUUGUUAAAGAUUCAGUGUGUGUGUGGACGGAAAAUCGGGACGAGAAAAAUUACCCAUUGAAUACAAAGCCGUAAUAGGCCAUUUUACAGUUGUGGGGUUAGCGUUCUAGCCUUUGAGUGAACGCGAGGCUGAGGUUGAGCUUGUUUUAAUACAAACCCCCUUUCUUUUUCUAAGGGAGUUAGUCUAAAAACAACAUGAUGUACAUAUUAAAGCAGGACAGGCUGUACCAAAACAACGUCAACUUCAGCCUCGUUUCCACCUGUUUCUAUAAAAUGGGCUGUUGGCUAGGCUUUGAUAGAUUCUACUCGCAAACGUAACAUAAUAUGCCACUAGCAGUGCUCGUAUAUUUUUGAAAUUAAGGCAGGUAUUGUGCUAGUUUUUGCGAAUUUUGCUCAUUUUUGCUAAAAAUGCAGAAAUUAUCCUUCUACUUUUUACUUUAAAUUUGGUUAAAGCACCUUAAUAACCAUUUUACAAACAAGGAAAUGACAAACACAUUUACCCUGUUUACAUCUAGAAACUUUAAGAAUGCAUAAUUCAUUGUCUGACAACUAUAAAACCAGCGCGCGAACGCUAUCUGGGGUAACCGAGCCAGUUAUGUGUAUAAGUCCUGUGGAAAGUGUCCUAGGACACUUCUUGUAGGAUGCAGGUCCAUGAAUGUGAUAAUUAGCAGACAAAAAAUUGAUUUUCUUACUUAAUUUGCCUGAGACUGUGAUCUCAGGCCAAAAAAACGGUUGCACGAUCAAUAACUGACAAUUUUGUGCUGCAAAAACCUGCCACCGUACUUUCUUCAUUUCACCUGUCCUUUUAUUGGUUGCUAUGGCACCGUAUCUGACCAUUGUCCAAUUAAGUAAUUGUUUAUUAUUUCGAAAUGUUCCAUAUUUAUUGCUUUUUACAUCAUGGCCAAAAGGCUUUGUAUAUAUAACUUCAAAUAGCAUUUGCUAGUUAUUUAAGUGAUUGCUUGAAUGUGUAUUCUCUCUUAAGGAUUGUAGUGACUUUGAAAACGAGAGCGCCAAUUGCAUCCCAGGAUUCUUUGGUGGUGCUACUUCAGAGAGACCUUUCGAAUUUAGUUGCCAAGCCUCCUGGCCUGACGCAAGGGACUGGCAACCAUUCCUCUGUGUUGCCAUUAACAACAGUCCAUUUACUGGCUAUUUUUACAAUCUCACCAGUCCUUCUCUUGCUCAGGACUCGGCAUCGUUUAACUCGCUUGCGAGGAAUAAGAAAAGGGAAAGGUUUACCUUUAUGGAGAGCGAAGAACGCCGAACCACAAUCUCGAGUGGGUUGUACACUGUGGGAACAAGUGUGAAAACUGCUGCUAACGCUGAAGAUGUAAACUAUGUUAGAGCCACAGUGGGCGUGUUGAGUCUACCGCAGACUGUAUUCAAUGGUUUGUGCUCCCAGGACGUACCCGUUAGAUUUCUGGAACAAGUUUCCUCUCGCUGUGUUCUUGAGUUGGAAGAGUCUCUUUGUAACUCGCAGUCGCCGUGGAGUGCUUUGAAUUAUCUGAUGCCCAUUCAACUCAAUCGCCGCACGUGCGUACUACCACCCUCUGUUCUGGCGCAAGGACGGCUCAACGAAACAGGAGGGCCUCCUGAGCUUGCCACAACAGACGUACGAUAUUAUUGUACGGAUAUCACGGAUUUUGUUUCUGCGGCAGCUAAGGAAUCGGAAAACUCGCUUACUAAUAACUCUUCUUCGUUAUUUGAGAGCAGCGCGCAGGAAAGAGCAGAUCCCACGAGGUGUGCGUUUGAUGAUGGAGAAACUCUACCACCAGCACCGGACUUUAACAAAACAACGAGGUUAUGUACAAAUGUAGUGGUCAAAGUUGAAUACGAGUUUGAAUGGCGUGACAGGAGAAUUGACGCGGUGAAAGCAAGAGUCACGCUUGGAAACGUUCAAAUUCCUGCAGUUAAAACAAAUACUGGUCUUGUCACUUCUACCGAUGCUAUCAACACCCUAAGCCAGAGCUUUUCUGUAAAUUUCACCCAUUCACCGCUACUUAAUUCUUCAAACGUCCGGGAGGCUACUUUUCAGCGGUCAGGGAAUCCAGGCUACCUGCUCGGUCGACCGGUGUUGAGUCGCCUGGAAAACAGUUCGGGACAAGUGAGUUGUAGAACGUUUUGUUGCCUUCGCUCUGUUAUACAUUAAGGAGUAAUAGUGACAAUAUUGCUGUCGAAGAUGGUGAUGAUGAUGGUGGAAAUUACUGACAGUAAUGAUCAUAUCAGUAAUAUAAGAGGCGGAUGGAAUAUAGUUCUACCCUUUAAUUUUGUUUGACCAUUGAAGUAAAGCUUCCUCCUCCGUACUUUACUGAGCACAAUACCCUGUGUUUUAUUUCCCCUUGAAUUUGGACUUUUUUUUAACUCUUGGAAUGAAAGGGUUAAAUUUUGUUGCUCAUUUUUGAGAGAGUUUCUUGGAAGAAUAGGGCAAAACUACUUUGCUAGGUUAAUGUCACAACGAUUGGGCAGAAUGGCCCUCCUCUGAUUGGAUAGGAACGAAAGAAGUUAAAUGAGAGAUCAAGGUAGCCUGAAAAACAGCCGACAUUUCGGGGCCCCCUCCACUGGUUUCCCAAACGUCUGAAAAAUACCUCAGAAAUUUUCCAUACUGACGACGCGUCACUACCCAGAUAUAGGUAAUGUUUCUGACUGGUUGAAAAUUUGCUUCAUCCAAUCAGAAGAACUACCGAGAUCUGGGUAGUGACCCGUCAUCAGUAUGGAAUUCGGCACUCGUUUCUCAGUCGUCUGGGAAACCAGUGUUGGCGUCAGCGCGAAAUGUAGGCUGUUUUCUCAGGCGAAGAUCAAUGUUGCGUAUCAAAUAACCAGUUUCUGAUAUUGAUGAGCUUUUUUUAUCUUGUUUAACUUGUUGCAGCAUUCUAACGUCUUGUUAACCUUUUUAGGUUAUCGCUGGCAAACUUCAACUUUGGUCACCAGGCCAUGAUGGUCUAUGCGCGGGAUCCACGCUUACCCCUAUCCUUUAUGGCGAAGAUACGCUUUCCGGCUGUUUGUUGCGGCUAUCGUUUGAGGACAUGCGCAACUGCUCCUAUUUAAGAGAAAUGGUUCUAAUUAACCAGAAUCGCCUGAUCCAAGCCACACAUGUUGGUCGCAGUGGUAAUGCAAACCUCAGCGUCCUCGCUGAUUGGCUGCCAGUAAUAAGGUAAGGUAUAUAAGAAUCCGUAACUUUUUUAAGUCUUUGAACCAACCGCAGUUAACCCUUUAAGGCCAGAUAGUGACCAACAUCAAUUUUCUCUUAACAAUAUCCAUACAUUGUCAAGAGAUAAAGUUAUGAGAAUCAAUAAAAUGAUCACCAAAGAGAAAAUGCUUUGAUAAUUUAUGAAAUUCUCUCAACACAUUUUUUAUGGAAAAGUAUUGAGAUCAGUUUGGAGAAUUUGUAUGUGGAUACUGGGGCUUAAAGGGUAACAGACCAUUUCCGAGUUGCCCCAAGCCUCUGUUUCAAAGCGAGACUAAGUGCGAAGCUGUUGAUAUGGAAAUGAACUCAUUUUCUCAAGAUAGAUUUUGCACUUAGCCUCCUUUUGAAAGUGAGAGUUUUUGGAGCCCGGAAAUGGCAAAUUGUCUAAACUUGCUGAAAAGAAGUCAAAAUUAUGUCACCGUCGUCCAGUCGUUACUUCAGAGAAUCUACACAAAUUUAUUUUGCGCUUCAGAAAGUAUCUUGAGCCAAGUUUUGUUUCAUUUUGUGAUUGUGUCCUAAGCAAAUUCUCUGUAAGGCAACUAAGCGCCAAACAGUAUUGUCGAAAUGUUGUAUUGUUGAAGUCAAUUUCCGAAAGCUUUUAAAUGUAGUUCACUGGACUUGAAUUGGUAAAACUACAGUUAAGGCUCUUUUAUUGAAGAAAUUUUGUUAAUGCGGUUUGAUACGUUUAUAAAUAAUGAUGAAACUUAUUGAAAUCUUUUUAUUUUGUUUUGUUUUGCUUUGUUUUAUUUAGAGAGCCAAUAAGCAAUAAUUCCGAAUCCUCCUCGGAAGAGGGAACUUGUUCCGGCAUUCCUAGCGGAGUAAUAAUUGAGAUGCUGGUGACGGAUGCUGGAAAAUACGGCGGCGUACCUCAGAUGGAAAUAGUGGGAACGAGAAUCAAGUAAGAAGUAGUGUGAUUAUACGUCGCCCGUUUAGUGUCUGUAAUACCAACAAAGAGAAAGGAAAAUAAAGAAAUUCUCUUACGAAGACACGUAUUUCACCUUUCAACACACCACGCGUAGUGUCAUUCUUCUUGACAGUUGUAAGGCGAACUCGUGAUUUCCUUUUCUUUUAAGCGAUCACAAGAGCUCUUCGAGAUGCCUCGCCAUCGCUCCUCUUCGGUGGAAAGAAUUUUCAACUGAGUUACUUUUUUGUACACAUCCCGCGUUACCUUUCGAUCUCACUGAAUUGUUUCCGAAAAACAGAGGUUGCUCGUAGCUAAACGAAACUGUAAUGUAGGAAUAGUACUUUUACCCCGAACCAUGCAGUCUCUUUUAGUUCCACAAAUUUGCGUGAAGUGGUUUGUAACUGACACGCCGCACUCGCUCAUUUGCAUUUCUCGGAUUAUAUUUAUAAUUUAACAGCGAAGUGUGCAAAUGACGUGAACUUUCGAAAAUACUUUUGAUAUUUUGUCUCAGUCGAGCAUGUUCAUCGGCAGCUAAAUUUCCCGCGUUGUCUUACUUUCACUUAUUGCACCUAAUUUUUUCUUGUUAGAUUCCAGUUUAGCACGUGGCAGUUCAAGUGUGUCAGUGGUGUAAGUUGUUCAGCCCCCAGUGAUACUGAUACAAACUUAACUCAGUUGGUACCCAGUCCCUCAGCUACUCCAGCAACCGCAGCUUCAUCCACCGUCCUUGACACGUCACAAGCAACUAUGUCACCUCUGGCUUUGAGUUCAGUACUUAACUCUAACUUGGUACAUCCAUCCCUCUUAUCAGCAUCUUCAUCAACCAGAGGCUCAACAAACAUCACAGAUAUCAACCCUAACUUCGUACCUUCAUCCCUCGUACCAGCAUCUUCAUCAACCAGUGGCGCAACAAACAUCACAGACAUUAACCCCAACUUCGUACCUCCAUCCCUCUUACCAGCAUCUUCAUCAAACAGUGGCGCAACAAACAUCACAGACAUCAACCCUAACUUUGUACCCCCUUCCCUCCUGCCAGCUACAUCAUCGAAUGAUAACGCAACAAACAUGAAAGUGAGUUCUGGAUCGAGCCCUACCGCCGCUCACUCAUCUCUCCUGUCACCAACGGCGUCUUCAUUAUCUAGCCAUCUCACUGUAAGUUCAUCCGUCAGUCCUCCCGCAAGUGGUACGGAGAACACUAGGAACUACCCGCCUCACUUCCAGUACUUUAUGGUGACAAGCUCCGUUGUUUUCAUUAAAGUGCCCGCCGUCAAACCACAGAGAGUUAAAAGGUCAGUCUAUGCGCAUGCGUUGAAACGACAGUCAUGUUCCGUGUUUCUGUUCCAUUUUUCAUGGAUUGAGUCCCCGUCAACGUUCCUUUGGUUCUGUGUGUGUCUGCAAUAACCCUAUUCGGCGCCUGUUGAGCGGUUCUUAUGCGCAACAAGUCGAAACAGGGGUCCUCUUAUAUUCAAUCAACUUCCUGUGGACACCCUCGGGACCGCCCGCGUGCGUGUAAUAGUACGAUGAUAAAACUGAAGAAAAAACCUACUGCUGUCUAAAUGCCCCUCAUUGCCCGUUAUAACGAGAGUAAAUGUCCUUUCAAGACUAGACUGUGUCCGUAAGUCCGUAAUAAGGGGAUUUUGUUUCACUUGAACGGCGAACGGGGUAUCAGAUGACGGGUCAAGUGUUACGUUGGUUGUAGUCUACCACGCAACCGUUUUUGUCCCAUCACGCAACGCUCCUCCCCAGGAGGAGCAGGAGCGUUGCGUGAUGAGACAAAAACGGUUGCAUGGAACGUCAUCAGCUGGGACGAUGAGGUAAAUUGUUCAAAGUAAAGGAAUUUAAAACCCAAGACUACCACCCAUUUGUCAAAGCGAAGCAUCAUUUUCACCUGGUCAAUUUGCUUCAUUCCGAUGUAGCGUCUUUCACUGGGGAUUCGCUCGGACGAAAAGGGUUUAUAGCAUUCGAAACUUUAGCUCUCAAAUAACUUAACGGUGGCAAAUUCAUCUUCUUAGAAGCCCAUCUGAUCUUAUCAAGUAAAGUGACAACUUUAGUCGCGUUUCUUAGGUGUUGAGCAAAGUAUUGUGAUAAUACUUUGCUGAACACCUACGCAACGUAGCCAAAUUCUCAAAACGUUUUUUGCCACCAAAUGAAAUUUUGAGUAUCAGACUUUCGUCACUGCAAAUCCAACAUAACUUCCUAAGACAGUCUCUACUGACAGUAUACUAAUACUAACACUACUUUCUUGACCCCACGACAGGUCGGUGGAUCAGACUGGCAUUUGUUACAGAGAUGUGUGCAAAGAAGAACUGUUCUUGCCACUAACUGAGGCAUAUCAGGGUGAACCUCGUGAGAAAUCAUUGGCUCUUUCUCUUUUUCUUAUUUUCUUGGCUCUUGUCACCUUUGCUGUGACCAGACCUUGGGGAUAAGUCUGGUCUUUACGCCUGUUAGAGUCAAGUUCUGACUGUUUCGUGGCAGCUUAAG